GAGUGUAUAACACUCUGCAGCCAGCCACAAUGUGUGUCAGAGGACUGUCUGUGCUCCCAAAGUAGAUGACUGCUACAAAACCUGGUGUCUGUAUUAGUGACUGCGAGAUACGAGAAGAAUUGGUUCGCACGUUAUCAUCCCGAGUCAGGACGAGGUGAGCAUCUUCUAAUUUCAGAGGUUUUUCGAUUGUGGGAUAGAAUGCCGGCGAUCAUGAGUAAAAACUCCGAUUUGGAGUUUGACUCCUUACAACCGUGUUUCUACCCGGAUGAGGACGACUUCUACUUCUGUGGUCCCGACUCUGCGCCACCGGGGGAGGACAUCUGGAAGAAAUUCGAGUUGUUGCCCACUCCGCCCCUCUCCCCGAGCCGAGCCGCGCUACCGGGGGAGCCGGCGACCGCCUCCCCGGAAGCGGACCCUCUGGGUUUCGGCUUGGGGGACCCUCUGGACUGGGCUUCCGAGCUGCUGCUCCUGCCAGAGGAUGAUAUCUGGGGAGCGUCCGACGACGUGGACCUGUUCGGCUCCGCUUUGGAUACUACUAACCCCAACAGCAUCAUUAUCCAGGACUGUAUGUGGAGCGGCUUCUCCGCCAGGGAAAAGCUGGAGCGGGUGGUCACGGAGAAACUCGGCAAGGCUAUUUCCACGGUCGCGGCCGGGGGCAGGAACGUGUGCGUCAAGGCGCCGGAGGUGGUGAGCCGCAGCUCGGUGUCAGAGUGCGUGGACCCCACGGUAGUCUUCCCCUUCCCGGUCAACAAGAAGAACGGCAGCAGAGACUCAACCGGGACCGUAAACACAUCCACAACCCACGGAAGCGCUUCCAGUGACUCCGAAGAGGAAGAUGAAGAUGAUGAUGAGGAAGGAGAGGAGGAAGAAGAAGACGAGGACGAGGAGGAAGAGGAGGAAGAGGAGGAGAUUGAUGUGGUGACGGUGGAGAAGAGGCGCUCCACGAUCAGCAAGGCGUCACCCAUGGCGACGGGCACCGUCACCAUCUCUGUGCAUCCCAAGAGUCAAGAUACAAGAGGAAAUGUCUCAGGGUCCGGCGUGGUGAGCCGGUUUGUCAGCCGGGCUCCUCAAGAGCUGAUCCUGAAGAGGAGCUCGGUCCACCAGCAGCAGCACAACUACGCGGCCCCCUCGCCGUACGCCUCAGACGACGACCCCGCGCCGCCCCCAAAGAAGCAAAGGACCACGUCAGACGCACCGAGACCUCCCACCAGAACCAUCUCCUCGUCCUCCUCCACGUCCUGCAGCUCGGUCACCAGCACGUCGGGGGCGCGCAGCAGCAGCGGCAGCGGCAGCAGCAGCAGCAGUAAGCGCAGCGCCGGCGGAGACAGCAGCCCGCGUGGCAGUUCCGACUCAGAGGACAGCGAGCGCCGGCGCAACCACAACAUCCUUGAGCGCCAGCGCCGCAACGACCUGCGCUCCAGCUUCCUGACGCUGCGCGACCACGUGCCGGAGCUGGCGCACAACGAGAAGGCGGCGAAGGUGCUGAUCCUCAAGAAGGCCACUGAGUACGUGAGCUCGCUGGAGACGGAGGAGAUGAGGCUCCAGCAGGAGAAGGACAGGCUCCAGGCCCGCAGGCAGCAGCUGAUGCGCAGGCUGGAGCAGGCGAGGACUCGCUAACAGACAACCGCUACAACACAGAAACACUCACAUAUAAACCCUGGAUGACCCCCCCACCCUCCUGUCUCAGCUCAGUCUGUCUGAAAUUAGAUAUACACACACACACACACACACAGAGAAACACACACAAAUAGGCCUGUACACUUCAGCACAGCCACACAGGCCUGCAUAUCUGUUGUACAUGUGCACAGACAAAAACACAAUAUCUCAGAGGACGUUUAUCUUCAGAUGCCGACACACACCUGGAGGAGGAGGAGGAGGAGGAGGAGGAGGAGGAGGUGGGGGUUGUUGCUGGAGGGAUGCUCGGACUUUCACUGCCGCCACUUUUUUUGCACAUUUGUUGACGUUAAGAAUGUUAAGGGUUUACUUUUUCAAUCCAGUCACAUUGAGGAAAGAUGAAAAAGAGAAAAGAUUGAGGAAGGAGUGAGGACACACUUUUUUUUGGUCUUCCCUUCCUCUGUUUCUUUCUUUUUUAAAAAAAAAUAUCAUUUCUAUUUGUAUCUUGUUUCUUUUUGUACUCACUGUGACACCAGCCUGGAAUCAGGGGAUUCCCACAGGGACAGGUGUUAGGAGGGCACUUUUGCUUGGAGAGUUCACGUACAAGAAGCAGUGCACAUUUAACUUUUGCCUUCACCACUGCAAAAAUAACAAAAAAAAACUGAAGAGACUAUGAUGACUGAGGCGUUAUGGGUCACAUAGACGAUGCCACUACAGGUUCUCUUUCUCUCACUCCUCUCACACUGGUGCUCAAACCAAGUCAGUGGAUGUAUAACUGUGCACCUUGCUAGCCGACACUUUUGUAUAUAACAAUAGUGUACAGACAAAAUACACUCAGAUCUGCCUUGUUUUGUAAUACAAUUUGUCCUUGGUUUUUUUUUAUACAUGUCAGGAAGCUGCCAAUAACUAGACUGGAAGUUUAUAUACAUUUUAAAGUACUGUAAGGCCUCGAUUUUUGAGAGUCAUGAACUUUGUAAUAUAACAAUAUAUUGUUUUUUUCUUCUUUUUCUUUGUAUUGUAUCAUAUUACUAAUUCUACACACCUUUAUGCUUUUAGUGUGAACCUGAUACAUACUAAAUUUGAUACUUAUAUUUUCGUAUGAAAAUGAGUUCUCGGUAGAUAUCACUUUAUCUCGUCGUUUUUUUUCUUCUAUCUCAAAUAAUUCUUUUGUACAGCAAAUGUGUUCUAUCCUUAUGUACCUGGCCUUUUUUCUUUCCCUCUCUUUUGUUUAUAUUUGUAACUAUCGGGUGCAUAGAACUGGGUAAACGGAUAUAAGAUGUUUGUUUUUUUCAUUUUUAAAAUGUACAUUUAGUGCUGCAACUCAUAGCACUUUGAAAUACCUCAUUUUGAAAAAUAAAUAGACAUCAUAAAAUCCUCA